GUGUGUGUGAGAGAGAGUGCGGAAGUGACCCCCCGAGGCAGGGCAGGGCGUGCGCGCGGAACUCGGCGUGCAGUAUAAAGGCCCGCGCAACUUCCUCGUGCACACUUUUGCAUCGCUGCAGCUUUGCGUAAAGUCACCGCGAGGACCCGCGCGCACAGAGUUCCAGAUCCGCAGCAGAGUCAAAAUGAGUUGGCAAGGUUACAUCGACAGUCUCAUGAAGAACGAGUGGGUCGCCGACGCCGCCAUCUUCGGGUACGCGGCGGGAAAAGAGUCCUGCUGGGCCGCCAAACCGGACGGCUGGCUCAAGGAUAUCACGGCAGCAGAGAUAAAGGUGCUCGUAGCCAAUGACCACAGCAGCUUAUUUGCUAAUGGAGUGACCUUAGCAGGCCGUAAGUGCACAAUGCUGAGAGACGCCCUGCAUGUGGAUGGACAGAACACCAUGGACCUGAAAAUGAAGACCUCAGAUAAAGAACCUGAUCCCUUUCCCUUCACUGUUGGCAAAUCACAACAAGCCGUGGUCGUGGCUAGAGGAAUUAAAGAUGCUCACGGAGGAAAAGUCAACUGUCCCGUCUAUGAUAUGACCGCUUACCUCCGAAAGAUGAAUUACUGAACCCCACACCUCCCCCCCUCUCUCUCUCUCUCUUACACACACACACACACACACACACACACACACACACACACACAUCCAAGCAUCUCCAGUGUGUUCUCUUCGGUGAAUCAGGAGCUGCAGUGAUGGAUCCUGUCAGCCUAAUUGGUUGACUGACGGUACUCAUCGAGGAAUGGGCGGAGCUUCGUCUCGGGCAUCUGUUUAUUAGAUUAUUCUGUUUAUUGGUUUAUUAUUAUUUUGAUGCUGAACCGAACAAACGUUCAAAUGUUUGCCCUGUCAAGAGAACUUAGUAAACUUUAUUCUGAGAUCA